GAAACCAAGUCUCCGAAACUGAAAAGUCAAUUAAAAACAGAUAACUCUGCAACACUUCUACGGUUUCGAAGCUUUGUUUUCUCCGCCGCGAACGAACAUGAAGACAUCUCUCUUCCUUCUCUCUCUCCUCAUCCUCUUACCUCUCUCCCUCCAAGAUCCGAGCCCCAAAGCACCGACUCGUGCUCACGCGGAGCUCACUGAUCACGGUUUCCCGAUUGGUCUCCUCCCUCUAUCCGUCAAAGACUACUACAUCAACAAAACCUCUGGCGACUUCUCCCUCUUCCUCCACGGCACAUGCAAAAUCACGCUUCCUCCCGACAACUACCUCGCCACUUACUCCAACAAGGUAACGGGUCGGAUCACCAAGGGUCAGAUCGCGGAGCUCCGUGGGAUUCGGGUCAAAGCGUUUUUCCAGUGGUGGUCCAUCACCGGGAUUCGAUCCUCCGGUGAUAACCUUGUCUUCGAGGUCGGUGUCGUGACCGCUAAAUACCCUUCGAAGAAUUUCGACGCGAGUCUUGAUUGUGAAGGGAAACGGUCUUCUUCUUGAUUCAGUUUCAAGAGGUUAAAGAUCUGUGAAGCCAGAAGCAACCAGUGAAAGCUAGUUUGUAAUAUAUUUAUCUCCAUCCGAAAAAUAAAGCUUGUAAUGUUAAACUGCGUCUAAACCACGAAUCUAUUCUUGUUUUAUCUGCAAACGAAAGGCUUCAUGGAAGCUUGUAAGUUGUGAACCAAAUAUGGGUUAAUAUGUAAUAUGAGACUUCAAAACAAGCAAGAACCAUUUUGUUGCUUGGCCUCCUGUGUCUCAUUUACUUCCAAUUUGGGUACAAAGUACAAACUUUCGUUGAAGAAAGAUGAAUCUUUCAUUUCA